ACCCAAGACGGCCCAUAUACUGGACACGCUAUUGUAACUGGACGAUAUCUAUCGUGUAAAUGCCAAUACUUAAAAACAAUGUAAAAGACAUGGGCCAUGCAUGUGUGUGAGUUAAUGUAUAGUCUGACAUCGUUAAGACUGUACACUUGCGUUGGAUGACGGACAAAACGCAAGGUUGUGACGGGCUCAACACAGGGACAAUAUAUACAAUACGCGACUACACUUAUUUGAGGUCAUCCGUUCCAGUCAAGGCGUCUGGAUCAUUCCCGCGCACCCGCCUUGCGUGGGUAACGAUCAACUACACGCAUUCAGGUCAACGUACGCCUGUAUUGACCCGUUUCACUGACUGUCUACCUCAUAAUGGAUGUACGGGUGUCCUAAACUGGAUGAAGAAGAUGGAGAGACUACCGGGAUCUAUAAAAUUAACAGGGAUGUCUGGAGGGCAGGCUACUUACAGCAAUGUGGCUGCGGUGGUUGAAGGGGGGAUGGGAAACACCUAUCACGGGCCGCAACACAAAGUGGAAAAGACAUACCACAACAACGUGAGCGGCAGCACUGGAGUGACGACCGUCAAUGAGGUCACAGGAGACACGGUCAACAUUGGCAGCAGCAGCAGCAGCCCAUCCCAACAACCAGCGUCACAAACUGCAUCUCAAAGUCCAGCCUUAGAGCUGAUGACAGUUGAAGAUGUUCAGGAUCUGAUGACAAGAGAGCGUUUUCCUGAAACCACGAGAAAAACAUUUGAGGAAAAUGGCAUUGAUGGCAAAUACUUCGUGAAACUUUUAGAAGUGGGCGUUUUGGAAGAGCUCGGUGUCACGUCACCCCUUGCUAAAAUGAAGAUAAAAACAAUUCUCGAAAAUCGUUCCAAGAAAUCUAGUUGACUGCCCCAUUGAUGUUCGCCUAUCAUUCGGGUCCACUAUGCUUCAUCCUUCACCAUCUCACGACAUGACAUGGACCGUGAACGAUGACAAUCUUUGUGGCUUCAGUGUUAUCAACUGUCAUUCAUGACAUCCAACGAUUAAUUGUUUUAAUCAAAGUACAUAUUUGUUACCUGAUUUUCAUCGACUCAUAUUUUAUCAAAUAAAUAUUAUCUAUUUACUUCAA